AUGGAUGCUGGUGGUUUUCGUUUGGGAACCAACCUCUGCAUUGCCCUCCCCGGGCUGCGGUGGCUGCUGUGGCUGUGGCUGGUCGCCGGCUGCUUCGGGGCUUUCUACUUUCCCGGAAUGGUUCCAGUCAGCUACUGUGAGAAGAGAAGCCAGACCGGAUUCUGUCGGUCAUUAAUUGACGUGUAUGUUCAUAGUUUGUACUCAGUGGAAUCUGCGGUAACUUAUGAAUAUGAAAGCUUUGACUUCUGUCAAGAUGACUUAAAGAAAACACCUCCUGAAACUCUUGGACAAAUACUAUUUGGAAAACAAAUAACAUCAUCUCCUUAUAAGUUUUCUUUCAAGAAAGAAGAAACAUGUAGGAAAGUUUGUGUAAAAUCUUAUACUGCACAAAAUAAAGAUCAAAUGAACAAACUGGCUUUUCUGAAGAACAGAAUAAUGCAGAAUUACUAUCAUUCCUGGGUUAUUGAUAAUAUGCCCAUGAUAUGGUGUCAUGAUAUGGAAGAUGGAGAGGAGUAUUGCACAUUAGGAUUUCCAAUAGGAUGUUUUAAUAUCCCAGGUGACAAAUUGAAAGGUGCUUGCAUUGUUAUUUCUGAAUUAAAAAAUUAUACUUUGUACCCCUUCAACCAUGUUGAUAUUACCAUUACAUAUCACCGAGAAAGUGACACAAAUUGGAAUUUUGCAAGAUUGGUUAGUUCCACAAUUGAACCCAAAAGCUAUAAACAUUCAGAUGAAAAUGACCUGACUUGCAGUGGACCGCCUAUGGAAAUUCCUGAGGAAGAUACAAAUACCUUAAAUGUGAUCUACACAUACUCUGUCAAAUUUGAGGAAAGCCAAAAUGCCAAAUGGACUUCUAGAUGGGAUUACAUUUUAGAGACUAUAUCUGACAACAGUAUUCAGUGGGUUAGUAUCAUAGAUUCCUUUUUUCUGGUUCUUGCCUUGUGUGGACUUGUGGUUAUCAUUAUCUUGAAGAGUAUCUGUCAACGUAGUACCAAAUAUAAUCAUGCAAGAACUUUGGUAACUAAAAGUCAGCAUUUUCGAUGGAGGAUGGUUCAGAGGAAUAUAUUCAGACCCCCAGAGAAUGGAAUGUUGUUGUCAGUUUUUCUGGGUCAAGGAGCACAAGUUUUCAUAAUGACAUUCCUUUCUUUAUUUCUGGCUGUCAUUGCUUUUCUUACCCCUGCUGAUCUAAGUGCUUUAAUGACCUGUGCUGUUGUGCUGUGGGCCCUUCUGGGAAUCCUUGGUGGAUAUGUGUCCGCUAAAAUGUACAAGACAUUUAACGGUGUAAAAUGGCAGAGGCAUUUUUUACUGACAACAGUAUUAUUUCCCGAAAUUGUCUUCACUGACUUACUCACUAUGAAUCUAAUUCUUUGGUUGGAAGAAUCAUCAGUGGCUGUCUCCUUUGGUACACUGAUAAGAACCAUUGUGUUGUGGUUUGGAAUAUCAGUACCACUAACAUUUCUGGGAAUAAUCUUUGGGAAAAAGUAUGAUUUCCCAAUUCAGAUGAAAGAGAUGCCCCGUCAGAAUUUCAAAAGGAGUUUCUUUACAAAGCCAGCUGUUAACAUUAUACUUGGCAGUCUUUUACCCUUUGCCUGUAUUUUUAUUCAAUUUUCUUGCAUUCUAAGUAACAUUUGGUCUCCCUAUAUAUACUACCCGUCUAACUUCCUUUUCUUACUCUUUACAAUACUUCUGAUUUUCUGUUCAGAAGUUACAGUUAUGCUGGACCAUUUUCAUCUAUAUGCUGAGGAUGGUGAUUGGUGGUGGAAAUCCUUUUUAUCCAGCAGCUUUACAUCUGCUUAUAUUUUUAUAUAUGCAAUUUAUUACUUUACCAAACUUCAAGUCACAAGCAUUGAAACCACCAUUUUGUACUUUGGAUAUAUCAUAAUUGCAGUGCUGAUUUCACUCCUUUUCACAGGUAGCUGA